AUGUUAGGAAGUGACUUUUUUGCACAUUGUACUGUUUGUGAGGCUGAUCCACGUUGUUUUGGGUCCUUCUCUGCAGUUCCUUUCCAAACAUGCACAAGUCAUGUGAUUGAAAUCUUUGCCCACCCUGUCAUCAUGAACCCCUCUGAUCCAAAACCUCCAACUCCAGAGCUGAAACACAAAAAAAAAUGACUUUCCCUGCAGUGCGCACCCGCGCUGCGCCGCGCGCCCCUUAUCUCCAGGAACUGGACGAAGCGCUUGCCCACUGCGGACUUUAGCCCUCCGACUGAUAGGUGAAGAUAAACCAGACGGCAUCAGAUCAGCUUCUCCAACCAUGUUUUCGUCGAAGUCGCCCAAAAGUCUGUCCAAGUAUGUCUCCGAGUCGUCGUCCGGCGCCGGGGAGCAGAUCUGUAUGGUUGAAUGUGGCUGUAAGCCUGACUGCACCUGUGAGGUCCACUCAGCGAACCGCGGCUGGAGACUGAAGGAGAAUUGCGCUGCUGUUGAGAAACAAGGUCUGGAUAACUUGGCCUAUGAAUAUGGGAGUCAGAGUGAGCUCAGCCCUCCACCCAAAACUGCCUCCAGGGUGACCUUUAAACUCCUGGGACUCACCACUGAGCACCAGGCCAGAACCAUCAAAACCAGAAUCUCCAUCCUGAAGGGAGUACUUGCUAUCAGCUUUUCUUUGCCCAAAAAAUUAGCCAAAGUGGACUAUGAUACCUCAGUUACCACAACCAAAGAGAUCGCCCUGGAGCUCCAGAGCUUGGGAUACAGUGUGGAGUCAGCGGUGCAGAUCAGCGUGGACGGCAUGCACUGCCAGUCCUGUGUCCAGUCCAUCGAAGGACGGAUUGGUGAGCUACCAGGCGUUUCAUAUAUUCAGGUGUCUCUUCAAGACUGUGCAGCGCUGAUUGUAUUUCAGCCGUUUCUAGUUGCACAACAGGAACUGAGAGACAAGAUCGAGGACAUGGGGUUUGACGCCACUUUAUUAUCUGAGGACCCAUCUGCAGAAGAUAUAAGCUACUGGCAGACAGACAUGUCGACUUCAUCAACCCAGACUGCGACCGUUUGGAUUGUAGGGAUGACUUGCAACUCUUGUGUGCAGUCGAUAGAAGGGAGGAUCUCUCAGAUGACGGGAGUAGAGUCCAUAGCGGUGUCACUGAAGGAUGAAAAGGGAAUGAUAACCUUUGACCCCUGUCUGACUGAGCCGGAGCAGCUCAGGGCAGCCAUUGAGGACAUGGGCUUCGAUGCAUCACUUCAAGAGCCUGUAAGCAGCAUCCAGAGUCAUGACAAGUCCAGAACCGUUAGCUCCGGACCCUCUCACCUUCCUGACCUGCAGUCGCCCAACAAGCCAGAAGUCAGCAACAGCACCGGAUUACAGACGAACACUGCGGGAUAUCACCCCAACUCUCCUGACAUUAAAGUGCAGAAAUGCUUCAUCGGCGUGACUGGAAUGACCUGUGCCUCCUGUGUGGCCAAUAUUGAGAGGAACCUGCUCAAACACAAGGGAAUCAUCUCAGUGCUGGUGUCACUAAUGGCGGGAAAGGCAGAGGUGAAAUAUGACCCAGACCUCAUAGACGCUGCUGGUGUCUCUCAGCUCAUAGAAGACUUGGGCUUUGGGGCCAAGUUGAUAGAAGACAAUGCAGCGACACACGGGAAACUGGACCUCUCAAUAAAAGGCAUGACCUGUGCGUCAUGUGUCCACAACAUUGAGUCCAAGCUCACCACGACCAAAGGGAUCCUCGGUGCCUCCGUUGCUCUUGCCACCCAAAAAGCGCAGAUCCAGUUUGACCCAGAAGUGCUCGGAGCUCGAGAUAUUAUCAAGAUCAUUCAGAGCCUCGGAUAUGAGGCCAGUCUGGAGAAGGAGGGAUUCAAGAACAACCUCGACCACGCAGAAGAAAUUAGCCAGUGGAAGAGCUCCUUCCUGCUCAGCCUGGUUUUUGGCCUGCCUGUCAUGGGCCUCAUGAUCUACAUGAUGGUGAUGGACAGUCAGCACAAGGAACAUGGAGGCUCCAUGCCCGAGGAGCAGAACCUGUUGCCGGGCCUCUCCCUCCUCAACCUGGCCUUUUUCGUGCUCUGUACACCUGUGCAGAUCUUUGGAGGCCGGUACUUCUACAUCCAGGCGUAUCGCUCGUUAAAACACCGCACAGCCAACAUGGACGUCCUGAUCGUGUUGGCCACCUCCAUCGCCUACAUCUACUCCUGCGUGGUCCUCAUCGUGGCCAUGGCUGAGCGAGCCAGCCAGAGCCCCGUCACCUUUUUCGACACUCCACCCAUGCUGUUUGUGUUCAUUGCUCUGGGUCGAUGGCUGGAGCAUGUUGCAAAGAGUAAAACCUCAGCGGCUUUGGCCAAGCUAAUGUCGCUUCAAGCCACUGAUGCCACUGUGGUCACUCUGGGACCUGACCACUCCAUCAUCAGUGAGGAGCAGGUGGUGGUGGAGCUGGUCCAGCGGGGCGACAUCGUGAAGGUCGUCCCAGGAGGAAAGUUCCCUGUCGAUGGGAAAGUGAUUGAGGGAAGCUCCAUGGCUGACGAGUCUUUGAUCACAGGCGAGCCGAUGCCUGUCAGUAAGAAGGUGGGCAGUUUGGUGAUCGCCGGCUCCAUCAACGCUCACGGUGCUCUUCUGGUGGAGGCUACGCACGUCGGCGCUGACACAACGCUGUCUCAGAUAGUCAGACUGGUGGAGGAAGCUCAAACCUCCAAGGCCCCCAUCCAGCAGUUUGCAGACCGGCUCAGUGGAUACUUCGUGCCCUUCAUAGUUAUCGUUUCUCUGCUAACGCUGGUGGCCUGGAUGGCAGUCGGGUUUGUCAACUUUGACAUCGUGAAGGAAAACUUCCCGGGAUACAACCAGAACAUUUCCAAGGCAGAGGUCAUCGUCCGCUUUGCCUUCCAGGCGUCCAUCACCGUUCUGUCCAUCGCCUGCCCCUGCUCUCUGGGACUGGCAACCCCGACAGCCGUCAUGGUGGGCACAGGUGUCGGAGCUCAGAACGGGAUCCUCAUUAAAGGAGGCGAGCCGCUGGAGAUGGCCCAUAAGAUCAGAGUGGUGAUGUUCGAUAAGACCGGGACGAUAACAAACGGCGUGCCUCAGGUGACUCGUGUGUUGGUGCUGUGGGAAAUGGCCCGUAUGCCCCUGAGGAAGAUCCUGGCGGUGGUGGGCACAGCGGAGGCCAGCAGCGAGCACCCGCUGGGCAUGGCCGUUGCUAAACACUGCAAAGAGGAGCUGGGCUGUGACGUGCUGGGCUACUGCCAGGACUUCCAGGCGGUGCCGGGCUGUGGGAUCAGCUGCCGCGUGUCCAACGUGGAGCGCCUGCUUCAGCAGCAGAGUGACGAGCGCUUCCUGCUUCCAGGGGCCACCACGGACGAAAGCAGCCUGCUCUCUGCCGCCGAGGCCCCGGCUUCAGGUGGAGGACUGUCGUACUCAGUCCUGAUCGGAAACAGAGAAUGGAUGAGGAGGAACGGUCACCACAUCGGCGCAGACGUUGAUGCCGCCAUGAGCAGCCACGAGACGAAAGGGCAGACGGCCGUCCUGGUGGCUAUAGAUGGUGUGCUGUGUGCCAUGUUAGCCAUCGCAGACACGGUGAAAGCAGAGUCGGCGUUAGCAGUGCAUACUCUCAAGAGCAUGGGCAUUGAGGUGGUUAUGAUAACAGGAGACAACAGACGCACGGCCAAAGCCAUCGCCGCACAGGUGGGGAUCAGAAAGGUGUUUGCGGAGGUGCUGCCGUCACAUAAGGUGGCCAAAGUACAAGAGCUACAGGAACAAGGCCUGCGAGUCGCCAUGGUGGGAGAUGGUGUUAAUGACUCGCCGGCCCUCGCCCGCGCCGACGUCGGCAUCGCCAUCGGCACAGGAACAGAUGUGGCCAUCGAGGCGGCGGAUAUCGUCCUGAUCAGAAAUGAUCUGCUGGAUGUGGUGGCGAGUAUCGAGCUGUCGAAGAAGACCGUGCGGAGGAUAAGGAUCAACUUUGUCUUCGCUCUCAUCUACAACCUUCUAGGAAUACCAAUUGCUGCUGGUGUGUUCAUGCCCGUGGGCCUGGUGCUGCAACCCUGGAUGGGCUCGGCUGCGAUGGCUGCCUCCUCCGUCUCUGUGGUUCUGUCGUCUUUACUGCUGAGAAUGUAUAAGAAAACCUCUGUGGAGCUGUACGAGGUGCAAGCGCGAGGUCAAAUGAAGAGCCUGCGGUCGUCUCAGAUCAGCACACAUCUGGGGCUGGACGGCCGCCGGCGGAGCCCAGCUCUCCCCACUCGGGAGCAGCUGAGUCACAGCAGCGUGGCCCCGCCCACCCUCUCCAGCCAGGGACAAUCCAUUAACUCUGUCCAGGAGCAGCAGGACCGCCGCUCCCUCCUGGAUCACCAGACCGCAGAGGACCUUAAUGUGUAGUAAAGGGAUAAAGGGAAGAAGGACUGAGACGGUUUCUGCCUGGUUCCCAUGUUUACGAAUUCAGCGAAGCUCUUAAUGUGUAAUAUUUCUACGUAUUUAUGUAAAUAGAUGAGGCUAAUUGGAACAUGUCCGAAAAUCAAGCUGCUAACACUCACACAAGUUAAGUUUGACUCGGCUUCUGAAGCAUUUUGUGCAUUUUUCCUAUUUCACACCAGAUGACGGGUGCUAUAUGAGUGAAAGUUGAUGUAGAAAAUAGGUUUGCUUGCUAGUCAGUUCAAAGUAACUGCUGUACAAAUGCACUUUAACAAUAUACAUAGGUCAAAGUCUGUGCUGGUGUGAGUGUUGGUCUCAGGUUUAAACAAAAUCAUCAUUUUCUAGAACAAUUUCAAAAAUAAUCCACCUGUCUUUCACAUCCAGCUGCCCUGAUUUUGUCAUUUAAUCUAAGAUAAAAAAAAAAAAGAAAAAGAAAAUGUUCUUGUUGCCAUGUUUUAAAUAGUCCUUCUUCAACAAAACCUCACAAGUGCAAAGUUCUCGUGUUAAAUAUAGAAAUGAGGAAGAAGAAGUGGAGCUCAGACCGUUUGGACUUCGGUCCACAUGUAUUUCGAGCUGUGUCAGGGAUGAUAAAUGGCGUAGAUUAAUCAAAUGAUCUCAUCCAUGGACUCUAUACUUAACCAGAAAGAAUCAAUUUCACAUUUUGUUGAGCUUAAUCACAAGUGAAUAGACAUAUGGGCUUUAGAGAUAUAAAUAUGACUCAUAAUGGACCGGCAGACUAUGACAUGAUGGCAGGAAAAGCAAAGAUGUUAUCAAUAAGAAAUGCCAAAAAGUGCAAUUAAUUAUUUUUUCUACAACACUGACUUUAAUAUUAGGAACAUGGCUUUUCCCACAUAUUCACACACACUUAAUGUUCAGCUAAAUUGUGCUAAUGCUAAAUACGAUUUGAUUAAAAAAAAAGACUUAACAUCAGUGCCACAGAAACUGAUAUUUCCUCUAAUGUCAUUAUGAUUUUUCUUUAUCUUGAAGUGCUAAAAGCAACUGGACAUAGAAACGCUUCACCUCCCACUGACAGUAUCCUCGGGGAGGAGGGGAGUCACCAGCGUUCAACCUCCACAGGGUCAUUCACACCUGAGAGUCGUUAAGGUCAGACGAGGGUCAUUCAGCCACCUGGCGGUCACAUGAGAGUAUAAUGUAAUGCAGUAUAAUAUAUAUAUACGUGUCACCUGACUCCUGUGUGAGUGAGUCUUUAACUGCCUGGGAGAUGACAUCACAACAACACUAAGAUGCUGAUGAAUGUUGGGGUUUGUUUGAAAUGAACCCAUUUGUACGACAUGUUGUCUGAAGGCUUUCUGUUUGUAUUUGUGGGCACCUUCUCUCAUAAAUCACUGGCUAAUUUUUUAGCUUUGUAGCUUUGUGUUGCAUCCUCGCUUUCAGUAUCUCCUAGUAUCUUUUAUUGCUGCAUUUUAUCACCAUUGGAACGUGUUUACGCUCCAGCUGUCAGAAUGUAUUUUACAGCAUUGUUAUACGGAUGCACAGCAUGCUUGCUCAGCUUUGCAUCUGUAAUCAUCCUCAGCCGGCAGCUAAGGCCGGGGAAAAUACCCGCAGACACAGUCCGAUGGUCUCAGAACGAUGCUGCGACCUCAGAGGAAGGUUUUAGCCUCGUUUAUUUAGUCAUUUCAUAUCUCAGACACGAACAAAUAUAUCUGUUUAAAACUUGCCUUUAAUAACUUUGUUAUUUGUUAUUAUAUUUGUUUGUUUGUUUCUAACUUAAGACUAAAAACUAAACUAAACACAAAGUAAGAAA